CUCAAUACCUACCUUACCUUACCUAGUCUUGCUACAUAAGCAGUUGGUCGGCCUUGACUCUUGGUUGCUGGCCUCAGGUGAAUUGCAUCAGCAUUGUAGCCGCGACGUCGCAUUUCCUAUCGACACCAAGAAGCAAUUCACAAUGGCCAACGAAGAGGCGGAUCGCGGACGUCGCGAGGUGAAGAACCACGUCCUUUUCGAAAUUGCGACCGAAGUCGCCCAUCGAGUCGGCGGUAUCUACUCUGUGAUAAAGUCCAAGGCUCCAGUAACCACCGCAGAAUAUGGCGACCGCUACACCCUCAUUGGGCCACUGAAUCACCAGUCCGCGGCCGUAGAGGUCGAGGCUAUGGAGCCCACACACAAUCCGGAACUUGCUGCGACCAUUCAAUCCAUGAGAGACCGCGGCAUUGGUAUUCUGUAUGGGCGGUGGCUGAUCGAGGGCGCGCCCAGAGUGCUGCUUUUCGACAUAAAGACGGCGUACGGCUACAUGAACGAGUGGAAGGCCGACCUAUGGAACGUGGCCUCUAUUCCGUCGCCUGAUAAUGACGAAGAAACCAACGAGGCAGUCGUUUUCGGCUAUCUUGUUGCAUGGUUUCUCGGAGAGUACGUGUGCCACGAGAAGAGGAAGGCGGUCAUCGCGCACUUCCACGAGUGGUUGGCAGGCGUCGCCCUACCCUUGACAAGGAAGAGACAGAUCGAUGUGACGACCAUCUUCACAACCCAUGCGACACUGCUGGGUAGGUACCUUUGUGCCGGCUCGGUUGACUUCUAUAACAACCUCCAGCACUUUGAUGUGGAUGCGGAGGCGGGGAAGCGCGGAAUUUAUCACAGGUACUGCAUUGAGAGGGCUGCUGCCCAUUCGUGCGACGUCUUCACCACCGUGUCGCACAUCACGGCCUAUGAAAGCGAGCACCUGCUUAAGCGCAAGCCAGACGGGGUCUUGCCUAAUGGUCUCAACGUCACCAAGUUCUCGGCCGUCCAUGAGUUUCAGAAUCUGCAUCAGCAGUCUAAGGAAAAGAUUCAUGAUUUUGUGCGCGGUCAUUUUUACGGUCACUAUGACUUCGACCCUGAGAACACACUCUACUUCUUCACGGCAGGGCGGUACGAGUUCAGGAAUAAGGGUGUUGACAUGUUCAUUGAGUCGCUCGCCCGACUGAACCAUCGCCUCAAAACGUCUGGCAGCAAGACGACCGUCGUCGCCUUCAUCAUCAUGCCUGCUCAGACGUCGUCGCUAACGGUCGAGGCGCUGAAGGGGCAGGCCGUGAUCAAAUCUCUCAGGGACACGGUGGACACGAUCGAGAGGAAUAUUGGACGGCGCAUGUUUGAGCGGUCGCUGAAGUGGCAUGAUGGCGAUCCAAUGCCGGAAGAGAAGGAGCUGAUCUCCAGCCAGGACCGUGUCUUGCUCCGCCGGCGCCUGUUCGCCAUGAAGAGGCACGGACUGCCGCCCAUUGUCACGCAUAACAUGGUGAACGACCACGAUGAUCCCAUCCUGAACCAAAUCCGCCGGGUACAACUCUUCAACCAUCCCAGCGACCGGGUCAAGAUUGUGUUCCACCCAGAGUUCCUGAACUCUGCGAACCCGGUGCUCCCGCUUGACUACGACGACUUUGUCCGAGGUACCCACAUGGGUGUCUUCCCAUCCUACUACGAACCGUGGGGUUACACACCGGCCGAGUGCACUGUCAUGGGCGUACCAAGCAUCACGACAAACCUCUCCGGGUUCGGCUGCUACAUGGAGGAGUUGAUUGAGAAUUCCAGUGAUUACGGCAUCUACAUUGUAGAUCGCCGCACCAAGGGGGUUGACGACUCGGUCAACGAACUCACUCACUAUAUGUUUGAGUUUGCUCAGAAGAGCCGCCGGCAGCGGAUCAAUCAGCGCAACCGGACCGAGCGGCUUAGCGACCUUCUCGACUGGAAGCGUAUGGGCUUGGAGUACGUCAAGGCACGUCAGCUCGCCUUGAGACGGGCGUAUCCUAUGUCGUUCGAGGGAGAGGACGAGGAAGACUUCAUCCCCGGCGUGGAGCGGAAGAUUUCGCGGCCAUUCUCCGUUCCUGGAUCUCCCCGCGAUCGGACGGGCAUGAUGACCCCUGGCGACUUCGCGAGCCUUCAGGAGAGCCACGAGGGACUGAGCACUGAGGAUUAUGUCGCGUGGAAGCUUCCCGAGGAAGAGGACCCCGAUGAAUACCCGUUCCCACUCACCCUGCGAACGAAGGUGUCGAGCGCUGCAAGCGCUCUGGGGGGAGCUCCUCUCAAUGGCAACUGAUGGGUUAGCUACGGGCCCAUGCAAACAUCACAGCCAACAGAUAUUCCUGAGGCGAGGCACUGCCUCAUCCCGGACUGCGUUUUAUUCUUCGUUUGAGCUGGCCUAAGCACACAGACGGCAUCAGAUUUCGUAUAUAUCGUCUUCACGACUAACCGACGGACUGUAUGUAUUCC